UAAGCCAAAACGGUUGACAAAAUUCUUUUAAAACGGUAAAGUACCGAAUAACUGUGCACCUUUAUCAUGUGCUGUUAUCAAUACCUUUGAAAAUUGAUACUCAAAAACGUCAUAAAGAAAUGGUGGUUCACAAAAUUGUUGGCGGGGAAUUGUCCUCUUUCUGCCUGUCUUAGAAACUAUUAUCGGGUUUGCAAACAGUGCAGGCUCAUAGAUAGCUCAGCUAAUUUAUAUAAGCAUCGUCACUAAUUUUGUUGAGGAAUAUCUUUGUUAACAAAACCCAAGGGGUUACAGUAAAAUAAUUCAGUCUGUGAUAUUUUUGUGUUCUUAACGUACGUGUGUGUGAAUAAUAUGUGGGAAAAAGUGAUUUUAAGUGUGCUGUUCGUGACGAUCUCGGGACUUCAGUUUGCCAACUCGUUGACCUGCUUAAGCUGUGAUACACUCGAUUCGUGUCUGCAACCCAGUCAACAAGUCUGCAACGAUGCCACAGCAAAUGCCUCAAGUCUCUGGUUAGCGACAAUGCAUGCAGAUGUGCCCUUUAUUGCUCAUAGCGACAAGUUCAAGUGCAUGAACCUCACCUACGCUUUCAACCCGUCCAAUAUUAGAACCCAUGCAUUUCUGGGCUGCUUUCAUUCGGCAAUAGAUGUGUGCGAACUGAAGCUUAACAUCAGUCAUAGCAACACUUGGUACCAAAAUUGCCAUGUCUGCGAUUGGGAUCUGUGCAAUCGUAAACCUGCUGGUACUUUUAGCAAAAGUAGCUUUACCAUUCUUGCAUCUAUUCUCGGCCUUGUCUUGACAGCUAAAAUGAUUUAAACACAAAUAAUUUAUUUAAUGAAUAUUUUAAUUUUGCAUUUAAAUUUGGGUGAAUUAUAAUACAA